CCGUUCUUCUGCCUCUCAUCAGCUCCAUUUUGACCGUUGUGGUGCUUUUAUCUCUCUGAUAUUUCGUCAAAAAACAUUGUUAGUGGUAGUCGUUUGGGUUGACUAUCUACACUAAGCUACUCAUCUUUGAUUUGUUGCUCUUUCAACACCCGGAGAAGCUAUUAUUACGUACUACCCGCAGCCUCCCGAAACGCACGAGAAGUUGAUGCCUUCCAUCUGAUAUCUCACCUGUCCGGUGCUGUCCCUGGCCUCUAGGCGCAUCACACUGUGGAAAACACAAUGGCGUUCAAAACGAGAGGGCGAUCGCCCGGUCGACCGGGGGUCCGCAAAGACACAAUCGACAUCGAAAAACAAUACUCACGCCGGGAUUAUCAUUAUCGAAGCAUGAGCCACAGCUCAUUAGAUUCCGACAGCGGUGACGAUUCGAUAGCAUCUUCUUCAUCCGCAGCCUCCUACUAUCCCAUGAUAAAUACGGCAGCUACAACGCGGCGCACACGAGCGACCGUCGGUUUCUAUCGAAUCCCCCACCGAAUUAUGAGAUGGCUUUGCUUCGCGUUGUUCUCGGCCCUAUUGCUUUUUAUCCUGACCCUUUUUCGAUUUACUCUCACAUCGCAAGCGUCACCAGCGCCGCUCGAAGUACCCAAAGCCCCAUCAAGGCCGCCUCAAUGGGAGAGCUUCCCUUUUCUUAAGCGAUACCAUGGAGGCAUUCGAACACUGGUUUCACGCGCAGACAAUGUGCCAGAGUAUCCCAACGACGACCCCGAAGGCAUGAUCUCAGACAAAGAUGUCAGCUCAAACACAACAAGCCUUGAAGCGCGUGACGAGGCUUUACCUUUCACAAGUUCGACUUUCAAUCCCUAUCCGGAUUAUACAUCGCCGGAGUACAUUGAAAAGUAUGGUAUGAAACGCGAGUGCUUCUUGGACGAAGACGAGACUUUGCGAAUCCCGAUGGUGCACUCCUACCCUGGAGUUCCCCGUGGCUUUCCGGACGCUGUGAUGGGAUCCAACGAGAUGCUGGGCAUUCAAGACGACAUCUGCUUUGAUCGGUUUGGACGCCUGGGCCCAUAUGGCCUUGGCUAUAGUGUGAGGAAAGGUGGCAUAGGUGCAGGCUUGGAAGGCCAUCGGGAAGGUUCCGAGCGAAUCUGGGAUGAGUUUCCUCCCGUGGACUUUGGCCGAGUGAGCUGGGCAGCUGCGCAAAACCGAUGCAUGACCAUAAAUAGUCACCGUUUCCAGGACAUACCUCAGCAGCAACCCGACAGCUUCGAAACAUUGAUGGCUCGUGCCACCGAGUCAGAUGAGUCAGCCGAAACCUCAAAAGAAACAGCAGCAUUCGUUGAAGACAACCAAAAGCGUCUGCCUCGAACGGCGAUGGUGAUUAGGACGUGGCAUGACUUUCAGUAUACCUCAGAGGACAUUUUGUACUUACGUGCUCUGAUCUCCGAGCUUUCCCUCCUCUCUGGCGGAGAGUACACCGUUCAUUUCCUGGUCCAUGUCAGAGACACGAAUUUGCAAAUCUGGGCGGACGAUGAGACCUAUGACCGCGUGCUUAGGGAUGCUCUUCCAGAAGAGUUCCAGGGAAUGGGCACCCUGUGGUCCGAGCAGCAAAUGUCCCUUGUUUACUCAGGCUUAGAAGAGACCUGGGCUCGUGGUUUGUCUGUCCAUGGAGUCUACCGCAGCACCUUUAUGCCUAUGCAGUACUUUGCUUACCGGCAUCCUGAAUACGACUAUUACUGGAACUGGGAGAUGGACGCACGAUACACUGGUCAUUGGUACCACUUGUUCGACAAGGUUGUCACCUGGGCGCGUCAGCAGCCCCGAAGAGGGCUGUGGGAAAGGAACUCUAGGUUCUAUGUUCCUUCUAUCCACGGGUCCUGGGAAGAUUUCAGACAGAUGGUCCGUGUGCAGACGGAGAUUGGCACCAAUAGCCCGAACAACAUGUGGAGUGCGGGGUCAAGCCAUGAUUUUGCGCAUGGCGAAAAACCUGCCCAGCGCCAGGGCGAUAAGUUCGUCUGGGGUCCUGUGCGACCCGACGAGCAGGAUGUUUUAGAAGUGGAGGGAGAGGGCAUCCCUCAGACAACAAUGGAGAAGGAUCGAUACGAAUGGGGAGUCGAUGAGGAGGCAGAUCUGAUUGUGUUCAAUCCUCUUUACGAUCCAGAUGGGACCACAUGGCAUUUAAAGGAAGAUGUUACAGGAUACAGUCAUGAAAAGGGCUUACCACCACGACGAGCUGCAAUCAUUACUGCUUCUCGACUUUCGCGCAAGCUGCUACACACCAUGCACAAGGAGACAACAUUCAAGCGUCAUACGAUGUUCUCGGAAAUGUGGCCUGCUACCACCGCCCUGCAUCAUGGAUUCAAGGCUGUCUACGUGCCCCAUUCCGUCUACAUUGACCGACAAUGGCCUACCGAGUACCUCGAAUCUGUCUUCAACGCCGGGCGAAAUGGUGCCUCCGGAGGCGCGCGCACAUCCAUCUUUGGUGACCGUGAACACAACUUCCGUGGCACGACCUGGUUCUACUCCGCUGGCUUCUCGCCGAAUCUAUGGAGGCGGUGGCUCGGCUACAAGGUCGACAAUGACGGUGGUGAACAAGAAGAACUUGCCGGCGAAGGACGAAUGUGCUUACCUCCGAUGCUUCUUCAUCCUGUGAAGGAGGUGGAAAUGAUUAUUGAUGACGGCGUGGAAGAAACUGACGACUAAGUUAGAGGCAUAGAGCUUCUAUCUUUAUUACUACUCUUGAUGACUUAUGCUCCGUAUAUUCUGCGCCCACCUUGAUGGUGGCUUGUUGAUUGGACAUACAGAGAUUUUCUUGGAUACUAUGAUGAUAUUGGUUCUGAUAGCGAGGAUCUUGUUUGCAUUUCGGUGCCUUUUUUUGUUAUUACUUAGGAUGAGAUAUGUAUGUUAAUAGAUACCUGAUACACUACCUAUGAAAGAUGUUUGCACAAC